UGAAUAUUUAACAAAAUUUAAAACAAAAUCAUAAAUUUUUGAAAUGUAAAAAGCUAUUGGUUAUUUGACACUCUUAAAUGAGUUGAAUGUGCAACACUUGCAACAUUUAAACGCGCAAAAAUAACUUAACAAUAUGUGGUUGUGGUUUUGAUGACAAACAAACAACAAACAAACAGUUUUGUUUUUAAGUAGAAAUUAUAAAAAUGAAAUAAUAAUUGCACAAACAGCAACAAACAAAUAUCAGACAAGACAAGAAGAAGUGGUUCACAGAGGAGGAGGCUUAAAACAAUACCAAACCACCACAAAAAAAACCCAUAACUGCCCUAUUACAAAAUCAAACACCCCUCUUCAUCAUUAGCUGCAUCAUCACGUUUCCAUCAUCGAUAUCAGCAUCACCAUCAGUAUUCACUUCAUCACAGUCAUCAUCGUCUAAAGAUGGAGCGUACGAAAAGAAAUAAUAGUAGUAGUAGUGAAUUUGCAAAUAAUUUAGCCACAAAUGCAACAUCGACAACAACCACAACAGCUAAUAAUAGUACAACAACUCCUUGGAGUAAUAACAAAGAAUCACCACCGAACGAAGAAGACUCAAAUGAAGAUGAUACAGAUAAUGCAACACCAGCCAAAGUCACAGAUCCCUUAGCACCAAAAUUCACAAAUAAUGAGCGUGUUUUAGUUGUCUCCGUGACAGAGAGACGGCGAGAAACCUGGGGUCAAAAAGCCGAAUUCCUGUUAGCUGUUAUUGGUUUUGCUGUCGAUUUAGGCAAUGUAUGGCGUUUUCCCUAUAUUUGCUAUCAGAAUGGCGGUGGUGCAUUUCUAAUACCAUACUGUGUUAUGUUAGUAUUCGGUGGACUGCCUUUGUUCUAUAUGGAAUUGGCAUUGGGACAAUUUCAUCGUUGUGGCUGUUUGAGUAUUUGGAAACGUAUAUGUCCAGCAUUGAAAGGUGUUGGUUAUGCAAUAUGUCUAAUAGACAUUUACAUGGGCAUGUAUUACAAUACAAUUAUAGGCUGGGCCGUAUAUUAUCUAUUUGCCUCGUUCACUUCUAAAUUGCCUUGGACAUCAUGUGAUAAUCCAUGGAAUACGGCAGCCUGUAUGCCGGUAACAAAUGCCAGUUUUAACGCCAAUCAAACAACACCGGCUAAAGAGUUUUUCGAACGUAAAGUACUGGAGCAAUAUAAAUCAAAUGGUCUGGAUUUAAUGGGUCCUGUUAAACCAACAUUAGCUUUAUGUGUGUUUGGUGUAUUUGUUUUGGUUUAUUUCUCUUUAUGGAAGGGGGUGCGUUCGGCUGGCAAAGUGGUAUGGGUUACCGCUUUGGCACCUUAUGUUGUGCUCAUCAUUUUACUUAUACGUGGUGUUUCAUUGCCUGGCGCCGAUGAAGGUAUUAAAUACUAUUUAACACCGGAAUGGCAUAAAUUGAAAAAUUCAAAGGUUUGGAUAGAUGCUGCCUCACAAAUCUUCUUUUCUUUGGGUCCUGGUUUUGGUACUCUGUUGGCUUUAUCUAGUUAUAAUAAAUUUCAUAAUAAUUGUUAUCGUGAUGCUUUAAUUACCAGUAGUAUUAAUUGUUUAACCAGUUUUUUGGCUGGUUUUGUUAUAUUUUCCGUAUUGGGUUAUAUGGCUCAUGUACAAAAAACCACCAUAGAUCGUGUGGGUCUAGAGGGUCCUGGUCUUGUCUUUAUUGUUUAUCCCGAAGCUAUAGCCACAAUGAGUGGUUCGGUUUUCUGGUCUAUAAUUUUCUUUUUAAUGCUAAUCACUUUGGGUUUGGACAGUACAUUCGGUGGUUUAGAGGCCAUGAUAACGGCUCUAUGUGAUGAAUAUCCCAGAAGUAUUGGCAGACGUAGAGAAUUAUUUGUGUUAUUACUAUUGGCCGGUAUAUAUUUGUGUGCUUUGCCUACAAUGACUUAUGGUGGUGUGUACUUGGUGAACUUCUUAAACGUUUAUGGACCUGGACUAGCUAUACUUUUCGUGGUAUUCGUCGAGGCAGCCGGUGUUUUUUGGUUCUAUGGUGUUGAACGUUUUUCCGCGGAUGUAGAACAAAUGUUAGGCAAAAAACCAGGACUCUUUUGGCGAAUAUGUUGGACGUACAUAAGUCCUGUAUUUUUACUGGCCAUUUUUAUAUUUUCAUUUUUGGGCUAUGAAGAUAUGUUGGGUGAAGAAUACGAAUAUCCUGAAUGGAGUAUUAAAGUGGGUUGGGCAGUUACCUGUUCCUCGGUGCUGUGUAUACCCAUGUAUAUUAUAUAUAAAUUUUGUUUCGCCUCAAGCGGUAACUGUCGUGAACGUUAUGAUGAAUCAUUUAAACCGGAAACAAAUUGUAAUUCCGCUAUACCUGGCCAACAGGGCACCAAUGUGUGA